AUGAGCAGAUUCAACAAUACUUUCCAUCACCCCACUGGCUUUGUUCUUGUGGGCUUUUCUGAAUGGCCCAGACUAGAACUGAUCCUCUUUGUGGCUAUCUCCAUCUUCUAUAUAAUGACAAUCAUUGGGAAUUCAGCCAUCAUUAUCUUGUCUCGUCUUGACCCCCGACUCCACACUCCCAUGUACUUCUUUCUGGCUAAUCUUUCCUUUCUGGAUCUCUGCUAUACCACCUCCACUGUACCCCAAAUGCUGGUAAAUAUCCAAAGCUACCGGAGAAAUAUCAGUUACGUGGGCUGUGUAGCUCAACUUUUCAUUUUUCUUGGUCUAGGAUCCACCGAAUGUGUACUUCUCUCAGUAAUGGCCUUUGAUCGUUAUGUAGCUAUAUGUCGACCUCUCCAUUACACAGUUAUCAUGCAUUCUCGACUCUGCCGACAACUGGCAGCAGUGGCAUGGGUGACAGGUUUCAGCAACUCCUUGGUGCAGACAGUGUUGACUUUCUUGUUACCUCGUUGUGGUCAAUAUCGGGUAGAGAAUUUCUUCUGUGAGGUUCCUGCUAUGCUUCAAUUAUCAUGUGUUGAUACAUGGAUUAAUGAAGUGGAAAUGUAUGCAGCUGUGGUGGUCAUCAAGGUUAUCCCAGUUGGAUUAAUUCUAUUCUCUUACAUCAACAUUGUCAGAGCUGUAGUAAGGAUUCAGUCACCUGAGGGGCGAAAGAAGGCCUUUAACACAUGUGGGUCUCAUCUGCUGGUGGUCAUUAUGUUCUAUGGUUCAGCCAUUAGUGGUUAUGCAUAUAUGGCACCCAAGAGUAGCUCAGCCAAAUUGAAGGGCAAGCUUCUUGCACUCUUCUAUGGACUUAUAACUCCAAUGCUCAACCCCCUUAUCUAUACCUUGAGGAACAAGGAUGUUAAAGGAGCAGUAAAGAAGCUACUAGGCAGAGAACAAGAGCAAGGGUGGAACAUGGCUUAG